UUGGUUAUAAAGUUUAAUCCAUCCAUAUCUCAUACCAAAGAAAUGAAAAUGAUACCCAAACAUCAAAAUUGCUUUCAUUUGGUAUCCUUCCCAUUUGCAUCCCAUUAUCUUUUGCCACAAUGAAGACUACAACAACUGCAUGCUCUGACUUGAAAAAAAAGAAAAAAAAAAUCAAUUCAGUGCACGAGACUUCUGCUCAAUUCUUCGCCUAUAGUUUGUAAGAACAUAUAAAUUCCAACCAUUUUGUGCCAGAAAAUUUCACCUAACCCCAAUAACUCCCUCAAUCUACAUCCUUCUGAUCCUUUCCCUUUUCUUUCUUUUACCAUGUUUGGCCUCUGAUCCUUUCCCUUUUCUUUUACCUUAUUUGGCCGUGUAUUGAACACCAAAUGUUUGAAAAUUUGUGUUACAGCAGAUUAUUGAGAGUUCCUAAAUUCAAAUAAUCAUCAGUGCAUCUUCAUCACCCCUCUUUCCUUAUCUUAGUGUCCAAUAUGCCUUCUUGAUGUGUUUAUCUAGUUGGAAUCAAAACAGAUCAAAGAGAACAAACACAAAGUAAUCACAAGCCCACACAUCUGUGUUUUCUUUCUCUUCCCUCUCCUUAACCAUAAAUUAAAAUUUUGAGAAAGGCCCAAUUAUCCUUUCUAAGCUCCUUCCACACUUCCAAACAGACAAAGAAUUCAAUUCUGAAGGAGGAGGCUGCAGAAACAAGAAAAACGAUUUCUGGGUAUAUGAGGGAAAUGAAUUCCCUACUUUCCAUCUCCUUUGUGGUUCGAUUCGCCGUUGAAUUCCCUUGGAGCAACGAAAUCUCAACCCGGUUCGCCUGAAAAAACAAGCAGCUUGCAACAAGUCCAAUUAUCCCAGUGUGUCUUGUGUUUGUGGAGUGGUGUAUUGAUAUAACAAGUGGCAAAGGACUAAUGAUGAAUCGUCUUCAUCACCGCCCACACCGCCUGCUUCUUGAUGCAGAACCCAACUCGCCACCUGGAAGCAGAACACGUGGCUCGUAUGCCAACGAGGCGAAUUUCGACACUAACAUGCUGAUAAUCCUGGCAGCUUUGCUCUGUGCACUGAUCUGUGCCCUUGGAUUGAACUCAAUAGUGCGGUGCGCCAUAAGGUGUAGCAGGAGAUUCGCUUUUGAGACGCAGGAGGAGGCAGCAGCCCGCCUGGCUGCGACAGGGCUGAAGAAGAGAGCGCUGCGUCAGAUUCCGGUGGUGGUGUACGGUGCAGGGAUUGGUAUUCCGGCGACAGAUUGUCCAAUAUGCCUUGGAGAUUUUGUGGAUGGUGAGAAAGUAAGAGUCCUGCCAAAAUGUCACCAUGGAUUUCAUGUCAAGUGUAUUGACAUAUGGCUGGAUUCACAUUCGUCGUGUCCGACAUGUCGGCAGUCGCUGAUUGAGCAGCCGACGUCGUCGGAUGCGGCCGACGCGGAAGCCAGUUUGCAGCAUCCUGGAAAUGGAGCAGGAGGACAUGGUGAUGUGCCUGGAUCUGGAGAAGAGGUAGGUUAAUUAGCAGUAGUAUGAAAAACUCAGAACUAUAGAAUGAAAAGAGAAAAAAAAAAUUUAAAACAAAAAACAAAAACAAAUAGAGGGUGUUUAUCAUAUUUGAUUUUUGGAUUAAUUAGAUCGAGAGCCCCUCAACUAUUAACGAAUAUUACUUUAACCUCCUCAUCUAUGAAUCCGUUCAUAUUGACUCAUUCAACUAUAUAAAUUGUACAAAUACAUCACUUCUGAAAGUGAUCUAGAGGGGGUAAAAGCGAUAUAUUUCUAUAGUUGAAUGGAUCAAAAUGUACGGGUUCAUAGAUGAAGAGGGUAAAUUGAUAUUCAUAAAUAGUUGCGGGGGUCUUGAUGUAAUUAACCCUUUUUUUUUUUUUUUUGGAGAUUUGUAGUUUGUGUAUGUAAUUAUUCUAUAGAGGAAUAGUUUGGUUAUAGCAAUUAUUAUGUUGAGACCUAUUAGGAGAUUUUUUCUGCAAUAUACUAGUUUUAGUAAUGCAGAUCAAUUAAUCUGUAGUAGGGUUGGACUGAGUUUCACUAUCAAUCCCAAAGUUAAUUGGUGCUUCACUUGUA